AUGGAUGGUACAACCGGGCAUGGCGGAGAAGAGCGGCCCGGCAACGUCACCAGUGACUUCUGCUAUGUCGAUUCGGCUGUGCACUCCGCCGGCGUUUGGGGCUCCGCCGGAAGCAGACCCUUCCUUGGCUUUGCUCUGCCUCGCCUACAGCUUCAGCUCGCCAUCAUUUUCUUCAUCACCCAGUCUCUUCAUCUAUUGCUCCGUCGCUUCCAUUUGCCCCGCCUCGUCUCCGAGAUCCUCGCUGGAAUCAUACUUGGGCCAACCAUUCUAGGACGAUAUGCAUAUGUAGACGAAGCAAUAUUCCCACAAGAAGGAGAUGUCUACUUAGACUUACUCUCCAAAAUCGGCUACAUCUUCUUCAUCUUCCUCAGCGGCGUCAAGAUGGAUCCCCUAACCGUGCUCCGAACCGGCAUCAAGGCGUGGACCAUUGGAGUCCUCGCCGUCACCCUCCCCCUCGGCGGAUCCCUAAUCAUGACCGUCCUCCAACAAACUGAAAUCCACAAGUACCGAAUCCCGGCUUACAAAGCCAUCAUCUCCAUCCAAAACCUCUUCCCCUUCCCCGUCAUCGCUUCCAUGCUCGUCGACCUCAAGAUCAUGAACACCGAGCUAGGCCGCCUCGCCCUAGCCUCGGCCCUGAUCAGUGACAUGGUCAGCAACCUCUCCUCUACUCUCAUCACCUAUGGCCGGGUCGGGAUCAUGAGCUUUGCGGAUGUCAUCAUGAUCCACUCCACCUUCAUGACAGUGUGCUUGAUCCUCUUCAUCUUGUGCGUUGGCCGCCCGCUGAGUCUCUGGAUCAUCCAGAACACGCCUGAGGGGAAGCCGGUCAGUCGCUUUCAUGUGGUGAUCAUGGCUUUCUUGGUGUUUGUGGUGGUGUUGCUCACUGAUAACGUCGGGUUGAAUUAUCAGUACGGCCCGUUUUUGCUAGGGUUGGCUGUGCCCGAUGGGCCGCCCCUAGGGGCGACCCUGGUGGACAGGCUUGAAACCCUAGUGUCGGGAUUGUUGGCGCCGCUGUUGGUUACUUUUUGUGGGAUGAAUGUGAAUUUGGUUGAGCUUUUUGAUCUGGAGUUUGUUGGGAUGGUCUGGGUGGUAGUGGGGUUGUGUUUGGCGAUGAAGCUGGUGUCUGUGUUCGUGCCGGCAGUGGUUUGUAAAGUGCCGAUGAAAGAUGCGGUGGCGCUUUCCUUCAUCAUGAGUACUCAAGGAGUUGUGCAGAUGGCUUUUUACUACUACAAUUAUGUUAAUCAGACGUAUGAUCGAGAGACAUUCUCGAUGCUAACCACAUCAGUACUAAUACAAGUGGCGGCAUCAAGUAUAAUCGUGAAAUCAUUAUACGACUACUCAAGAAUGUACACAGGCUACCAGAAAAGAGACAUCCAACACACCUCCAUCAACUCGGAGCUCCGCAUGCUCGUCUGCACCCACCGAGUCGACGAUGCCGUGGCCGUCCAGAAAGUUCUGGAAGCUUCCUACCCCAGCAAGGAAAGCCCCAUGGCGGUGUACGCCCUCCAUCUUUUGGAGCUCGCCGGCCGGGCCCACCCCCAGCUGAUCGACCACCAGCUCGGCCAGAAAUCCACCGGCGAAGGCCGCGCCCAGAAAAUGAUCGACAUCCUCGCCUCCUUCGAGCAGCAGUACGCCGGCGCCGUCGCCAUCCAGCAGUUCACCGCCAUGUCCUUGACAAAGUUCAUGCACCACGACAUCUGCACGUUGGCGUUCAACAAGCUCGCUUCAAUGAUCAUCCUCCCGUUCCACCGGAAGUGGAACCAGCAAGGGAAGGUGAUACAAGACUCAGGCACCUUGAGGUCAAUCAACUGCGAGGUCUUGGAGCUGGCCCCGUGCUCGGUGGCGGUCCUCAUCGACCGCCACAAGGUGCGGAGGAGGGCCGCGGCGGGGGGGUACAGUGUGGCGGUGGCGUUCUUCGGUGGGGCGGACGACAGGGAGGCGCUGGCGUACGCGAGGCGUAUGGCGCGGUCGCCGGACGUGAGCCUGACGGUGGUGAGGAUGGUGCCGUGGGACAUAUACGCGGGGGACAGCCAGUGGGAUGCGGUGCUGGAUGCGGAGAUAUUGAAGGAUACGAGGAUGCAGACGCAGGACGAUAUAGUGUACAGGGAGGAGAGGGUGAAGGACGGGGCGGAGACGGCGCUGCUCAUACAUGCCAUGGAGGAGGUGUUUGAUUUGAUCUUGGUGGGGCGGAGGCAUAAGGAGGAUACGCCGCAGUUGAUGGGGCUGAGUGAGUGGAAUGACUUGCCGGAGCUCGGUCCCGUCGGGGAUAUGCUCGCCGCCGCGGAUCUCACCCUUCCUCUCUCCAUUUUGGUGGUGCAACACCAGAAUAUUAAGUCUAUUUAGUUACAAGUUGUUGUAAAUUAAUGUAGUAAUUAACAUAACUUAAUGUGUUGUUACAUUAAAUCAUGUAUGCUAGCUCACAGCUAUAUUAUAGAAAUGAAUGUUAUUCGGGAUCGGCUCAA